GCACACACACAUGCUGUGGAUACUACAAGUCGGGCACAGGAGUUAGCCACCAGAUUAUCUUGUUCCAUAUCAAGGAAUAAAUUCCACUUUCUUGCGACAAAAUACUGCCCUUUGAGAGGAUGCACAGCAUGCUCAACCACGAGGAAUUUUGUUGCUUGCAAAUUUGACUAGGAGACUUUCAACGGAUAGAAAAAGCAGUUUACACAGCAGCUUCCUCUUUUCUUGAAUUUCCUUCCAGUUUGCAAGAUCUUGCUUUCUUUCAACAUUUGCUUUAAGCCUGAUUCUCAUGCCGUCCGCCAUAAAUGCAGCGGUGGCUCAGCAGACAGCUGCUGGGUCAGUUCCCAGCGCUACUGUUAGCACUACAACUGAAGGUGCGGGUGGGGGCACAGGGGGGAUUUAUUCUGCCAUUAUAAGUCGCAACCAGCCCAUUAUCAGAGUAAAGGAGAAGACCUAUGAAGAGCUUCACAAGAAGUGCCUGGAGAAGAACAUUCUCUAUGAAGAUCCUGAUUUCCCACCGAAUGAGUCCUCCCUCUUCUAUAGCCAGAAAAUCCCCAUCAAGUUCGAAUGGAAAAGACCACGUGAAAUUUGUGAGAAUCCACGGUUUAUUAUCGGUGGAGCCAACAGAACAGAUAUCUGCCAAGGAGAAUUAGGUGACUGCUGGUUCCUGGCCGCCAUUGCUUGCCUGACGCUGAAUAAAAAACUACUCUGUAGAGUCAUACCUCAUGACCAGUCCUUUAUACAGAACUAUGCCGGCAUCUUUCACUUCCAGUUCUGGCGCUACGGAGACUGGGUGGACGUCGUCAUUGAUGACUGCUUACCCACGUACCACAACCAGCUGGUCUUUACCAAGUCCUCCCAGCGCAACGAGUUCUGGAGCGCCCUCCUGGAAAAGGCCUACGCAAAACUCCAUGGGUCAUAUGAAGCUUUGAAAGGAGGCAACACCACUGAAGCCAUGGAGGACUUCACCGGAGGAGUCACAGAGUUCUACGAGAUAAAGGAUGCCCCUAAAGAUAUCUAUAAAAUCAUGAAACAUGCCAUUGACAGAGGAUCCCUCAUGGCCAGCUCCAUUGAAGAUAACCUAGGCUUUUCCUACGGAUCAGCUCCUCGGAGCGACAUUGGGGAACUGAUUGCUCGAAUGGUGAAGAAUCUAGAAAACGCGCAGAUGACUCACUCCACUGUAGACUACCAGGGGACAGACGAAAGGCCAGCCUGGACCAUAGUGCCAAUGCAGUAUGAAACCCGGAUGUCUUGUGGGCUCGUCAAAGGCCAUGCCUACUCCGUCACGGCCGUGGAAGAGACAACAUUUAAAGGGGAAAAAAUACGUCUGGUAAGGCUGAGAAACCCCUGGGGGCAGGUGGAGUGGAACGGACCUUGGAGUGACAAGUCAGAGGAAUGGAACUUCAUUAAUGAAGCAGAGAAAAUCCGCCUGCAGCACAAGAUUGUGGAGGAUGGGGAGUUCUGGAUAUCAUUUGACGAUUUCAUGAGGCACUUCACAAAACUUGAGAUCUGUAACCUCACACCUGAUACUCUGGAAGCCGAUAAACUCCAGACCUGGACUGUGUCAGUCAACGAAGGGCGCUGGGUGAGAGGCUGCUCAGCUGGAGGUUGCCGCAAUUAUCCAGAUACAUUUUGGACCAAUCCCCAGUAUCGCUUGAAGCUCCUGGAAGAAGAUGAUGAUCCUGAGGAUGAAGAGAUUGUCUGCAGCUUCCUCGUCGCACUGAUGCAGAAAAAUAGGAGGAAAGAACGCAAGCUGGGAGCCAACCUGUACACCAUUGGCUUUGCCAUCUAUGAGGUGCCCAAAGAGAUGCAUGGUACUAAGCACCACUUGCAAAAGGAUUUUUUCCUCUACAAUGCCUCCAAAGCUAGAAGUAAGACCUAUAUAAAUAUGCGAGAAAUCUCCGAGCGCUUCCGGCUACCUCCCAGCGAGUACGUCGUCAUCCCAUCGACAUACGAACCCCACCAGGAGGGAGAAUUCAUCCUGAGGGUCUUCUCAGAGAAAAGAAGUCUUUCAGAGGAGGUUGAAAACAUGAUUGAGGCAGAGCGUCCAUCGAAGAAGAAAAAGGGCAAGCCUAUCAUCUUUGUUUCCGACAGAGCGAACAGUAAUAAGGAGCUGACAGCAGAUGAAGAUGCUGGCAAAGAUGGUGAAAAAACCCACGCAGAUGAGAAAAAGGUUUCUGCAGCAAGUAGCAAGGAGGAAAAUAGGGCUUG